AUGUCCAUGUGUGCGUGCACUUCCCAGCAAAGAAUAAGCUUUUUUGGACCAAAGGAACAGAGAUGUUAUCUUUACCUCCGAGGAUUUUUGGGUGCUUCAGGAAUGAUACUGCGCUUCUACGCCAUUCAACAUAUGCCUUUGGCAGACGCCACUGUCAUUGCAUUUAGCAACUCAAUCUUUGUUGGAAUACUUGCAUGGAUUUUUCUGAAGGAAAGAUGCACUAUUUGGCAAACAAUCUUCACAAUUUUUAUCUUAAUUGGGGUGAUUCUUAUUGCAAGACCACCAUUUCUGUUUGGCUCUCACAUUCCUGGAAUUGAAGUUAACUAUACAGAACACAUCAAAGGGACAUUUGCUGCCUUUGGAAGUGCAUUAUGUACUGCAAUAAGUAUGAUUGUAAUUCGAAAGAUGGGGAUAUCUGUUCAUUGCUUUAUAUCUAUUUGGUUCUUUUCAGUUAUUGGUUGCAUUGAAUCUGUGAUUAUGGUCUCAAUAAUCCAGGAAUGGCGGUUGCCUUACUGUGGAAAAGAUAGAGUGUUUCUAUUAAUAAUCGGACUCUUUGGAGUCAUAAGUCAGGUACUUUUCACAAAAGCCUUACAAAUCGAAAAAGCUGGACCAGCAGCACUAAUGAGGACAAUGGAAGUGGUUAUGGCAUUCAUAUUGCAAUACUUUUUCCUCAAUCGUUCCCCUAGUUGGUUAAGUUUGGGAGGAGCACUCUGUGUGAUAGUUGGAACUUGUGGAAUUAUUUUUCACAAAUGGUAUACUAGAAAAGAAAGUCAACAGUAACAAUUGCAUGGUUUGUUUUGGUAUGCAACCAAUGCAGCGGGUUAGAUUUGUGGAGAGAAUCUGCUAGUGUAAAAUUGCAAUGGUUUGAAUUAAAUUGGUAGUUAAGCAUUUAGAACUGCAUUCAUAAUUCAAAAUGCCAUGACCAUAGAUGGCCAACAAGAGCGACUUACAAUUAUAUAGCGCCCUUCGUGCAGGUAGCAUCUUGGAGUACUUGAACAUAGCCUUAAUACAAAUAAGCAACCACUUAGAAAUUAUAGAUUUUCUUUUGGUUCAGCUUUGUGAUUUGAUUGAAAACAUUUGAAUUUUUUAACAAAAACUAAUUUUUUUUAAAUAAUAUGUAAUAUACAGAUAAAACGCAGUUGUGAUGAGAUUGCUUCUUAUGAGAUUUACACUGGGUGCUAGCUCUCUCUCUUUAAAAUUCAGGGAACUGUUCUUAAACCUACUGCAUAUCCAAAUAGGAAUGCACUUUAAAAUAGACACUUUUGAAAAAUAUUGAUUACGGUGAUGCUUUUCAAUCUGCCUCGUUUGCACAAUCAAAUUACACUUUAAUCUUUUCUGUUUAGAUAUCAAUAUUAUAUGGGUAUUUAAUAAAUGCUAGUGCUUAAAUAUUGUUCCUUAAGGUUAGUAUAAAAGUAGAUCUGUUUUAGUACUAUAUUAUUAUGAGUCCUUUUGAGGUUUUAUAAAAGUGACUCGAAUUGAACAUUCUCUUUUUGUUUGUCAAUUUUUUUAAAAAAGGUAUAGUUGUCGAUUUAAUUUGAAAUGUGAUCAUAAUUCAACUAAUUUAAUUUGCACAGGACUGCAAUUGCAAAUAUCCAUCAAUAAAUAGUAUAAAUACACUGAUUGUAUUAAAAAACGUGACCAAAGUUGGGAAUGCUACUAUUAUCAUAGCACUUCCCCUGCAGCAACCUGAUUUAAUGUUUGCAUGUAGAUAUUAAAUUCAGGAUUUCACCAUGUAUGAAAUCAGAAGAUGACAAACAAUCUAAAGUACAUUCACGGCAAAACACUUUUAGAUUUAUGAGUAGGUAAUAUUUGGCUACAGUAAUGCACCAGUUUAAUUGUUAUUACGUUCUCCAAGCAAUAUGAGUUUAUAAGAUAUAAAAUAACCUGGCAGGAUGGUAUGCAACUGCAAUAAUACAGGCAAGGAUCACAAAAGGAUUCUAAAAUCAGAGAGAAGUUAUUUUUUCUCAGUUUUCAAUAAUAAUGUUUUCCCUGAUGAUCUCUCUGUGUCUUCUCUCAAAUACUAAGAAGAUAACCAAGGCAAUUGUAUUUUGACUUGGCUGAAAUGGUUACAUCGUGAGGUGCGUAAAGUAGAUAACAUUUUUGUACAUUUUGUUUUGUGUCACAGAUUGACUAAUUUUACUUCCAUUUCUUUUGCCCACGACCCCCACCUCACCACUUACUCUCUUUGUCUCCCUUCCCUGAGCAUGUUAGUUCAUACUGAGGUCCAGUUCUUUGGCAAUUUUCGGGUAACUUGCCAACAUAGCCAUUUUAAUGUGUGAUUUAUGAUGGGCUGUUCUGUUCAAAUACCGGCCAAACUUAAUGUCCAUGUGUGCGUGCACUUCCCAGCAAAGGUAAAAUGUGAAACCCUUGUUUAUUUCUCCUCAGGGCGAGGGACACAAAAAACAAUGUAAUGCUCUGAUGUCCAACAAAACACAAACCAGUGAUUGGACUGUAACCUUCCUAGCCUAUGUGGCUGAGUACUUCUCCCUGUAGUGUAUUUAGCCUUUUUGACAUUUAAGACAAUAUUCCCCGGUGUUGGUACUUGCCAUGAUGAAACGUUAUUUAUGCUCCAUGUCACAGUGCUGCUGCACUGUGAUACGAUACUCUUGUCAGUUGAUGAGUUAAGUUUAGCACGAACAGGGCUGGCAUCAAGCAUUUGGGAUAGGAAAGAAAUCACAGCCAGUAUUUCAGUUUAUAUUGUGGUAAUCUUUAAAAAAGUAAACUUAUAUUUCAAAUUAAUCUAAUUAUUUGGCAGAAGUAUAGCAUUCUAAAUGCUCCAGGUAUCAUUCUGGCUUCAAUACCUGCAGCAGAGCAACUGAGCUGACUGUCCUCACUGGCCUCCAAGCCACUUUGUACUGGAGGGAGGCAGAGCUCUGCACAAAUACACUCACCAUUGUCCCACCUGCUUGGAACAAUUUGCAUCUUUGUCAUGAACCAGCAGGACUAGAAAAAAAACUGACAGUCCACUGAUUUAUUAAUUUAAAUUGUUCUCCAUUAAACUUGAAUGUCGCAACAGAGUUUGCCUUGACUUUACAGUUUUUUGGAAGCUGUUUUGUACAACUUGCAUUAUCAAAAGUACCCCCGUUGGAUGCCCUCAUAAGUGUAGUAUGUGAAAUUGCCUGUUUCUGAAAUAAUUCACUGCAAAUAAGUUAUCGAUGUACACAACUGGAUAUAAAAUUUGAAAUGUUAACAUUUUAUUUAUAUAUUUCUAGUUUCAGACCUUCAAUCUGAAAGCUUAUAUUUUUCAUGUGUUUUCAACUGAAGCCUUUUUGGCCAUUAUAUUUGCAAAUAACAUUUUAUAAAAAUAUGUUUUUUCAUCUAUUUGCACUUUAACAAAUAGAUUUUUACACAUAGACUUUUCAAUACGUAAAACUUGGUUCUUAUUAUUGGGUUCCUGUAUUAAAAGUCACUGUUUGCAUUUUUUUCUCAGUAAAUUUUGUAA